GAAGGCUCCACCUCUCGGUGCGACGCGCAAUUUUACGUGUGACAAAGGCCACGCCCACCUUACGCUCGUGCUUCCUGUUAUGAAACGCAAGCUCCGAAGGCACUAGGUGCUCGCUAAACUGAAUCUAUCAAAUCAUAUCUGAAGACGAGAAACCAUGUCAGCCCAGGAAAACAGAGUGAUGGCUUUGUCGGAGUGGGAGGAAAGGUGGCAGACAGGCAGAACUGGUUUUCACCGUCCCAUAGUGCACAAGUUUCUGGAAAAAUACUUGGACAAAAUUGUACAUGGACAAAAGAGUAUUCGAUUCUUUUUUCCACUGUGUGGUAAAGCUGUGGAGAUGAAAUGGCUGGCUGAUAUGGGUCACACAGUGGUUGGAGUUGAAAUUUCCGAAAAAGGAAUUAAACAGUUUUUUGAAGACCAAAGCCUUAGAUACAACGAAGAACCUGUACCAGAAAUUCCAGGAGCAAAGGUUUUUAAGAGUGCGGAUGGGAAGAUCUCCAUCUAUCAGUGUGAUUUAUACAAGUUCUCCAGCAGUGCAAUUGCAGGGAAGUUUGGAGGAAUUUGGGAUAGAGGAGCAAUGGUGGCAAUAAACCCAUGCGACAGGCAAAAGUAUGCCGCUCUCCUCACGUCCUUAAUGGAGAGUGACUGCAGAUAUCUUUUAGAUACAGUGGAAUAUAAUCCUGAGCAGCAUAAAGGUCCACCGUUUCUGGUCACAGAAGAUGUUUUAAAACAAUUAUUUGAAGGUGCCUGUGACAUUGAAUUGCUUCAGUCUGCAGAUGGCUUUGAGGAAAGACACAGAGCAUGGGGAAUAGAUUACUUGACUGAGAAAGUGUACCUUCUCACUCCAAAGAAACAAUGAGAUUUCACUGUUGGCAUACUUUUAUUUACAUUCUAGGUGGGAAGUAAAUAAAAAGAAACCACCUAAAUGAUGCCAAAUUGCAAACAUCUUUUUUUGUCUAUAGAUGUAAUAAUUAAAGACAAUGUAUCAAUAUUUUCAUAGAAGGAAUUGUUACCUGUAAUACACAUACAGUGGAUGCCCACAAGAUGGCGUCAGUUCAAAAGGGAAAACUGUACAACAUGGCAAUAAAAAGAGAGACAGCCCUGUCUAAGUGUUUUAUAACGGAUGACACUAAAGAUGUAAAGAUCAAGUAGCCUAUCAAACUCAUUUUCAAUCAUCUUUUUCCGUAUCAAAUAAUAUCAA